AUGGUAGAUGGUCCUUUCUCGCAAACAGAUUGCUCUUCUAAUCGCAACGAUGAGAACGUCGAUACAAUCGAUAAUCAACAUCAACAUCAACAACCCCAGCUUGAACCACAUAAACCAAUGGAUGAGGCAGAAGUCGUACCAAACAAGUUUUCUAUUUCAGAAUUGGUCAAUGACGCGAAUGAUAUCGAAGAACACUCGACCCCAAAAGAAACAGACCCUGUGUCAUCAUCACCCAAUGAUGGUAAUGGCGGUGGUGGUGACUCCAGGUUCAAGAAAUUGAUGAAAAAGACAAAAGAUGGGAGAAUGCUUUCUCCGUUGGUCAUCAAUUCCAGCUUCAGCUCAAAGAAUAGCAACAAAAAUGAUGAUUCCGUCUAUAACGUCGAUACUCCAGUAGAUCCGCAAGCCCCAGCCAGCCCACAAUCCCCUAAUGGUAAAUCUCUAUUCUUCUCACCCCAAUCCAUUCACACAAACUUGGGCUCGACUUCAAAAAAAUUCAAAUCAAAAACCCCAACAACUCCAGUGAUCAAAAGCUUUUUCCUGAUGGAUAGAGAUGGUCAAAAUUCCCCCGAUGGUGGAGUAGGCCUUGGUGUCACUUCCGGCAACAACAAUAACAAUGACCAAGAGAUAUCCAACGGUGAUGGCGACGUGAAUUGGUUGAAGCGAUUGUCGAAAUUCAAUCACUCCGAACAAAACUUUAACGAUUGGAAAAGCAAUUUCUUUCUGUUCAAUAAAAACAAGGCCCAACAACUGCAGCAACAACUGGCAAAAAAUAUGAAGAAACCUCAAAAACCGACAAAAAAGGAAAUUCUCAGUGAAAGUGACAAAUUGGCAAGAAAUCGGGCAAAUUUCUUGAUUGAAUCAUUGUUCUUGGGGUAUACCGCGUCGAAUUUGGUGUCCAGUAUGUUUUUAUUGGAUGAGCAGGACACUCGAAGAGCUCCAUUAUUGGCGCAUUUGGUGGGAAUUAGAAUUAGGGAUAUUACCGAUAGUUAUUACGGUUCCCUGCGCCAUCAUCACCGCUACCAUCUCCAUCAUGGCCGGGGCAACGAUAUUGAGAAUGAUUUAGGUAAUACCACUGCUGAUCAAAUAAUUGAAACUGUUGCUGGAGACGCCAUCAACAGUUCUCCUAAUGAUGACAGCAAUACCGAUAAUGGAGAACAUGGCGCUAAUUUUAAGAAUCCUCCUAUCAAAAGAAGAAAGUUUCGUCUAGAAAUGGAAUAUGGGGUAGGGGAAAAUCGUGCCAAAUGGACACUAAUCAGAAGUUACAAAGAAAUUGCCAGCUUUGUCACUAAACUAAAAUUAAUUUCCAAUGCUACAUUAAAUUUAAAGAAAGGAAGCAGAUUGAAUUUGCCUUACUUCCCCAAAUUGAGAAAAGUCAGUAAUAACAUUGGUGGGACUAAUAGAAAUAUGUGUUCGUUUGACUCAGACACCGACUCGUCCUCGUCACUGGAUGAAGAUGACGAAGGCGAGUACGAAGUUAUUGACCUUAGUCAUUCAAUUGGGGGUACCAGAGCUGAAAUUGAGCGUCCAAGAAGCCGUCUGAGCUAUCAAAGUGACUUGGCGUCUUCCAAACAAGAAGACCCUGAACCAAUCAAUCCAUUGGCCCGUACCUCUACUAGAGGUUCCGUGGCUUCACAAGUCCAAAACUUGAUGUCUCGUAUCACCAGCUCAUCCCAAAGAGGAGCAGAGAAAAAGAAACAUUUGGUAUUUAAUGGUGACCCCCAUUCUCAAGAAGAGUAUACCAAAAGACUUGAGCAUUAUUUUAAAAAAUUAUUCUUAGAAUUAUCGCUUAGACCUCAAUCUAACAAGUUAUUUCAAUUUUUUGAAUUGUCACCAAUUGGGGUGCUCUUGUCUAACGAAAAUGGUUACAGGGGUAAGCAAGGAUAUUUAUUAAUUGCUACCUCUGCUAAAAAGCAAGGUUGGAGAGUUGGUCAUUUAAAAGCUAGUGAUUUGGGAGCGAUGAUUAAGAGACACACUAUGAAAUGGUUCUGUGUUAGUGAAUCGUAUAUUUUAUACGUGGCAGAUAUUAAUUCAACCACAAUCUUGGAUGUGUUUUUGGUGGAUGAGUUUUUCCAAAUGAAGUAUAGUGGUGAAAAAAAACUGGGUGCUGCAAAGAUCAAUGAAUUGGUUUCUGACAAUGAGGAAUCUGAUGAUGAUUCUGAUGAAGAAGAUGAGGAACAAAUGCUUGAUGAGGAAGAUGUGAAACACCCAAAAAGAAUCACCAACAGAACCACUCCCCAUUUGAACAUUACCGUUGAAAACAAAGAAAGAAAGCUUAAAAUGGUGGCCACCUCGGAUCAUGAAAUGAAUUUAUGGGUCAGAUCAAUACAAAUUAUGUUAUCCAAAACCGAAUGGGCCCAACCAAAAAGAUUCAAUUCAUUUGCCCCAGUUCGCCAAAACUGUUUUGCUCAAUGGUUUGUCGAUGCAAGAGAUUAUUGGUGGGCAGCCUCCUCAGCAAUUGAAAUGGCCAAGGAUGUGAUUUUCAUUCACGAUUGGUGGUUGUCUCCAGAAUUAUAUUUGAGAAGACCAGCCAACGGUAACCAAGAAUGGAGAAUUGAUCGUUUAUUGAAACGUAAAGCAGAACAAGGGGUUAAAAUCUUUGUGAUUAUUUAUCGUAACAUUGGGGAAUUCGUGGUGAUUGAUUCCAGUUGGACGAAGCAUUCGUUGAUGGACUUACAUGAAAACAUAAGAGUUUUAAGAUCUCCUAACCAAUUUUUACAAAAUACUUUCUUUUGGGCCCAUCAUGAGAAGUUGUUAAUUAUUGAUCAUACCAUUGCAUUCUUGGGUGGGAUUGAUUUAUGUUAUGGUAGAUACGAUACCCCAGACCAUGUUCUUGUUGAUGAUGCUCCCACCGCUUUCGGUGACCCAAAUGGUGCUGCCAGCAAGAAUACCAGGUAUCAAAACUUCCCUGGGAAAGAUUAUUCUAACCCUAGAGUCAAAGAUUUUUUUGAAUUGGAUAAACCAUAUGAAUCUAUGUAUGACCGUCAAAAGACUCCUAGAAUGCCAUGGCAUGAUGUUCAUAUGGUGAAUGCUGGGCAAAUUGCUAGAGAUUUGUCUAGACAUUUUGUUCAACGUUGGAAUUAUUUGAUUAGACAAAAAAGACCGUCCAGACCUACUCCGCUAUUAACCCCACCAACAAAUAUGACCCAAAAGGAAAUUGAUGAAAUGGGGUUCAAGGGUUCUUGUGAAGUCCAAUUAUUGAGAUCUUCAGGGUACUGGUCGCUUGGUUUAAAAGAAGUGGAGCAUUCGAUUCAAAACGCCUACUUGAAGUUGAUUGAAACUUCGGAACACUUUGUGUAUAUUGAAAAUCAAUUUUUUGUCACCGCGUGUGCUUGGGACAAUGUGGUGAUUGAAAAUAGAAUCGGUGACGCCUUAGUUGAUAGAAUUAUUAGAGCACAUAAUGAAGGCAAGGUUUGGAGAGCUGUGAUUGUCAUCCCAUUGAUGCCAGGGUUUGAAGCUCAAGUUGAUGAGCCUGAAGGUUCCUCAGUCAGAGUGAUUAUGCAAUGCCAGUACAUGUCUAUCUCCAGAGGGUCGACUUCAAUUUUUGCCAAACUUAAAAAAGUCGGCAUUGAUCCGGAUAAUUACAUUCAAUUUUUCUCCUUAAGAAAAUGGGGGAGGAUUGGAGAAUAUGGCAAAUUGGUUUCUGAACAAUUGUAUAUACAUGCUAAGACGAUGGUAGUUGAUGAUCGGGUUGCCAUCAUUGGGUCUGCUAAUAUCAAUGAACGUUCAAUGAGAGGGAGUAGAGACUCCGAAAUUUGUGCGGUGAUUAGAGAUACCGAAACCGUGAAAACCACCAUGAAUGGUAAACCUUAUCUUGCUGGGAAGUUUGCCCAUACCCUUAGAAUGAGAUUGAUGCGGGAGCAUCUUGGUGUUGAUGUUGACGUUUUGGAAAUGGUGGAACGUAAGUUUGAUGAAAUUGAGAAGAUCGUGAAAUCAAACUUCGAUAAAGGCUUAAGGAACGAAAACGUCACCGGGAAUUUCAACAAUGAUGCCAAUGCUAUGAGAUCGGCGAUGGUUGAAUUGGCGAGUAGAGAGGUUUUGAAUUUAUCUGAUGGUACCAACAAGUGGAAAAAGUUCCGCAGAUCGACAGGUCAAGAUCCUGCAAAUCAUUAUUUUGAUGAAGAUGGUGAUGUGGAUUCUGCAUUGUCGAAGCUUGAUAGUCCAUUAUAUAAAUCGUUCAAUAGCAGAGCGUGGGUUGAAAACGCUGGUCUUCGUGACAAGAAACAGUUAUCAUCUGAUCCAAGAAUUAAGAAUAAUUUGGAGCACAAGGCUGAUGUUGCAGGAAAAGGUGAUAAUUUGGAUAGUAAAGCUUAUGGUAAGUGGAAGCUAAAUGCCAGACAGACCUUGAAGAAAUGGGCCCUUCAAUCAUCUGAUAACAAGAAAUUCAAAUCGGUAUUCAUUCCAAACUUGGACAGUGUUAAAGAAUUUUUGGGUAACGAUGAAGAAUUUGUGGAAAUUUCCGCCGGUCUAUUAUCAAAAGAGCAUGAAGAAAUUUUAGCUCAAAGAGAUCAAGAGCGUUGGGAAAUGUUGAAAAGAGUUGCCUACUUGCAGCGUUUGGGUAUCAAAUAUGAAAUUGAAUUAAAGGAUGAGAAUUCUAAACGAUCAAAAAUGGGAUUGAAGACCAAGGUUAGCCCAUUUACAUCUCCUGAAGCCAAUAGCUCAUUGAACGGUGGAGCCACUGGUAUACCUAAUGACCCUAAAGAAAUUCUAUCCAAGUUUAACUUUGAUGCUGCUGGUCACACUGGUGUAUUAUCGUCAUCCUUAGUUGAUGGGCAUCCAGUGACUUCUUGCGAUCUUUUGAGUGAUGAUAAAAAAACUGCGGAAGAUACAAAAGUCAAUGGAGAUAAUAUCAAUAUCCCAGAUACUGAGAAAACUAAUAAUAGUAAUAAUAAGUCGGACCAAAAUGGCACAUCUGGAGCAACCGCAGAGUCCACUGCCAACAGCGACAUUCCGAUCACUACCUUGAAUGAUGAUGAGAUCAACCAUUUAUUUUCCAAUAGUUUAAAGAUUGGGAAAAGUAGAUUUAUUGAUCCAUAUGGCUUUUCUGAUCCUUUGGAUGAAGAGUUUUACGAGGAUAUGUGGUUUGAAAAUGCUUAUAGGAAUACCAAGAUUUUCAGACUAGUUUUCCAUUGUCAACCAGAUGAUACCGUGGCUACUUGGAACGAGUACAAAGAAGCUCAUAAAUUGAUGACGGCGUUCUCAAUUGCUCAAGAUUACGAAAUUGCUGCUAUCAAGGAACAAGGCUAUGACCUCACUACUGGCCAUGAUGAAGACGAAGAUCUCGAUGAGAAAAUGGAAGAUGAUGAGUUCCAGAGACCAGCCUUGUACAGUCAUAGAACUUCUAGGUCGGUGAGAAUUGAAGAUUUGAAUCGUGAAGCCAUUGGGGUUCUUGGUAGACCACCAGAAGAGAUCAAGAUAGAUGUGAACCUGUCAUCGCAAAAUCCACAGCAACAAUCGAAUCUGCCACAACCUCCACGUUUGCAAAAGAUCAAUAAAUCAUUCAAGAAAUUUUCUAAUCUUCGCAAAGGCUCGCUUAGUGAUGGGAUGGCUGCUGAUUCAAUUAUGGAUAAUUUACCAAUCCAGGAAGAGAAUGAAAAUUCUAGUGGACAUCACAGUGAUUCUGUAUCGCUUCAUACUACCGCAAGCAAAUUGAAGGACGAAGAUCCUAAGAAUAUUGGCUCACCAGUGACUUUUGGAGAUACUUUAAAAGAUAUUCUGACUAAUGAGAAGAGUUCGAUUACUCCAGAACAAUUCCACCACUGUGACGGAGAUAAGUUGAAUUUCCUCACCCCUUCGGUGCAGAAUCAUAAUAAUAAAUCUGUGAGUAAAUCAUCGUCGUUCCAUGACCAAUCUACUUAUAAUGCCUCGACUAGAGGGGCGGUCAGUUUGAUAUAUGGCAGUUCUAGUCCGGUGAAAGGAACUGGAUUAAUUGGCAGAAAAAGGACUGGAACUUUUAGUAAUAGACGUCAUAAGCAUUUAGGGCAUAGGGAUUUGAUAUUUGACAAAGAGACUGCCGAUAAGAUCUUGAGUAAUAUCACUGGUCAUUUGGUGUUAUUCCCCGUGAAUUGGUUAGCGAAGGAGUUGGAAGGUAAUAAUUGGUUCACCAAUUCUGACAGGUUACCACCUAUUGAAAUUUACGAUUGA